AGCUUCCAAAAGUGAUCUGAGCUGUUCCACCUUGGUGCUUAAUUACUCCAGGCAGAAAUAAUUAUGUCCCUCUUUCUCAGAUUACAGGCUUGAGAAGUUCUGAAUAUCCCAUACCCUAAAGUGUUUUUUUCUUAAUUUUAUUGUUACAAUUGGCCUUCAUCUAGCUCCAGAUGGUUAAACUGAAGCGUGGCAAAGAUGUUUGAUCUCAGAACGAAGAUCAUGAUCAGCAUUGGGAUCAGCUUACUGGUUGCCGCGAUUGUGCUCUUAUGUGUUGUGCUCUGUCUUUACUUCAAAAUAGCCAAGGCACUAAAAGCUGCAAAGGAAUCUGGUCACAACUCAGACAAGGUGUUGUACACCAAGAACAGCCAGGCCGAAACCAUUGCUACGGAGUCUUAUCCUGCCCUACAGUGCCGUGAAGGAUGUAGAAUGUAUGCCGAUUUCGACUCCCUGCCACCUUGCUGUUGUGAUGUACAUGAGGGUCUCUGACUUGGGAAAGGUGGGCACAAAAAUCUUCAUGAGCAAUAUUUCUUUCUUAGUAGAACGUUUUAUUAUGCAAAUCAAGUUCUAGAGUGUUAACAUGCUAUUAUAUAAUGUACAGGGUUAUUUUCUGUACUUCUGAAUAAAUGUGCAAUAUUGGAAAUAA